AUGGCGCCCAGCUUCCAGGAACUGGAGUGCGCCGCCUGCGAUGUCAUCCAAAUCAUCAAGCAGAUCCCCGAGCUCGAGCACACGAGACUAUCGGUCAUCGGGGGCCUGGCACUAUGGCACUACCUGCCCAACUACCGUCCAACAGAUAACAUCAACUUCAUCACCAACAUCUCGACGUCCCCGAGCGGGAUGAAGAAGCGGCUGCUGGAGCGGCCCGGCUCGCCCUUCGUCCAGCGCUCGCAGGUGCUGUUCUACCAGACGCCCGGCGGGCAGCACAUGCAGAUCGACAUCAGCCCGGAAUGGCUCUCCCCCUACCUCCCCGCCUCAGCCAAGAACGUCCGCGACAUCCGCCCGGGCGAGGUUCCGUACAUCUCGCUUCGCGACCUCGCGGUCUUCAAGCUCGACUCGAGCGGCCUGCGCUCCUCCCUCGUCAAGAAGGAGCGCGACGCGCGGGACGCCGCCGCGCUGGUGGAGCACGCUAUCGUCCAACAGCAGCAGUCCCAGCAGCCGGACUACUGUGACAGGACACCCCUCGCGCUCACCAAGAAGCAGGAGCAGGUCGUCGAGGAGGCCCUGUGCGACGUGUCCAGCAAGUGCGGCGCCAGGGAGAAAGGGUGGUGGCAGAAGCACCUCGGGCUGUGGACCGCACCGAACGCAGAUUCGGCAAGGACGACCCUUCAUGCGGAUAACGACGACAACAACAGCGAGAGCCAAGCACAGAGCCAGCGCGCCCGCAGCCGCCCCCACGCCAACUCGGACUCGACGUACGCCGGCAUAUACCGCACCGACGUCGCGGGCGACCCGGGCGCGGCCUGGUACUACGAGCGUCUGGACCGCGCGCACGUGCGCGCGUUUCGGCGGUUCAACUCAGUUGGGAGCAAUGGUAGCGGUGGUGGUCUGGGCCAGGGGCAGAGUCGAGGUCAGGGCGGCGGCGGUGCGCCGCGGCCGGGUGUUGCGCGCUCGUCGACUUAUGCUGGGUGUGAGUCUCCAGUACAGCAGCAGGGGCAGCAGCAGCGGUGCUUCAUGACGCAGCCUAAGACUAGUAAUGCUAGUUAUUGGGGUUUUGGGGGUGGUAGUGGUGGAGUUGUUGGCGCUGCCGUGGGAGGCAUGGCCGGGCCAAGAGCCAAGCGGUCCAGCACGAGCUGCUCCGCGGACUCGGGCUACGAGGGCAGUGAUUGCGAUGGUCACUACUACUACCUCGAGCCGCCGGGCGGCGGGCUGGACACGGUGAAGGAGCAUGCGGAUGCGGAUGCCGGCGGUGGUGGCCCUGGGAGGCUUGGGCCGGUGAAGAGGAGCGUGACGUUCCAGUUGUAG